CUAAUCAUUGUCAAUGUUUACUAAACCAAGGCUCUAAACAGUCCAAAUUUCCAGUCUUUGUUUCCUUCCUUGGAUUCCCACUUUCUUUCUUCUACUUGGGGGAAGGAAAAUACUCAUUUUCUUGGUUUCUCUCACUCUCUCUCUACUUUCCUUAUCAAUUCAUAUAUCUUUCUUUGAUUUUCCCUGUUGAAUCUUAAGAUAAUUCUUUUGUUGCCCUUACACUAACACUAGUUAAUUUCACACUUGAGUCUUCCUAAUUGAGCCAAAAAAAAAAAAAGAGAGACGGAGACAGAGAGACCUUUUAAAGUUUUCUUGAUUCUAGUAAGUUUUUUCCUGAGAAAAUUUUGAGACGUACUGAGUUCUUGCUAUUGUUCUUACCAAAAUAAAUUAUUAAAACACAUUACCCUCUUUCCUCUUCUCAAAGAGCUUUCAAUGGCGGCCGAAAACUCGCUGAAAUCAAGGGAAGUCUCGGCGAUGUUAAAGCAGGGCUUCAUUUCGGACUCAACGCUCUCAUUCUCCCCAUCAAGAUCCAUAUCCAGAUUGUACUCGCCUUCGUCUUCGCCGUCAUCCAAAACCCUCUGUUCUCCUCCUCCGCCGCCAUUCUCAGCACCAUCACCGAACUCGCUGAGUCAGACUCAGAUGACUCGCCCCGCAUCUCAGAACCAAACCCUUUACGACAUGAUGAACGAUGAGCAACACCGCGAGUCGAAGCUCUCAGAUGACAAGCGCCGGAAAUUGCAGGAACGGGUGGCGAAGCUCCUCGAACACGCGCCGUUUCGAAAUCCCAAUUGGGGGGGAUUGGUGUCCGGCGAUGUGAGGCUCACGGUGGUCGCUAGGGACGGAUUCAAGGUAUCCAUGGACGUGCACAAGAGCGUCCUCGCCUCCAAGAGCCGGUUCUUCGCCGAGAAGCUCCGCCGUGACCGGGGGGUCUCGCACUCGGUGGAGAUCAGUGACUGUGAUGACGUGGAUGUUUAUGUUGAAGCGGUGGUUUUGAUGUAUUAUGAGGAUUUGAAAAAGAGGUUGAUGGGGGAGGAGGUGUCCAAGGUUUUGGGCUUGCUCAAGGUUUGUUCGGCUAUCAUGUUUGAUAUGGGGAUCGCUACAUGCUUAGAGUACUUGGAAGCUGUUCCAUGGUCUGAGGAUGAAGAAGAGAAAGUCAUUUCUAAUCUCAGCCUACUUCAUCUUGAUGAGACAGCAAGUGAAGUUUUGGUCAGAGUGUCAUCUGAACCAUCCACUUCGACACAAACUGAUGACAUCCUCAUGCAAUUGUUGACUGGUGUUCUUCAAGCUAAAGAUGAUAAAGCUCGCCGAGAAAUGAAAGUUGUCAUUUCUCGUCUGCUCAGAGAAGACGCACCCAACAACUGUAGCAGGCUUGACAUUUCCAAAGACACGCUUUAUCAUCUUUGUCAUAAAUGUAUCAGUUCUCUUGUUCUAUGCUUAUCAGAAGCUACAAGCCUGGAUGAGACUCGCCGGGAUCGAGGGGUUGUAAUGAGUGAAAUAGCUAGAGAGGCUGGCAAUAUUCAAUGGAUUGUUGAAAUUCUAGUGGACAAGAAGAUGGCCGAUGAAUUUGUGAAAUUGUGGGCAGAUCAGAAGGAGCUUGCACUCCUGCAUUCCAAGAUUCCCACCAUGUACCGUCACGAAAUCAGCCGAAUAACUGCUCAACUCUGUGUUGCAAUAGGCAGAGGACAUAUCUUGGUACCUAAAGAUACCCGAUCUUCCCUACUUUCGACAUGGCUGGAAGCACUGUACGAGGACUUUGGAUGGAUGAGAAGAGCUUGUAGAUCUGUUGAUAAGAAGUUGGUUGAAGAUGGACUCGGCCAGACGAUUCUUACACUACCAUUGCCGCAGCAACAAGCCAUUUUGCUUAAUUGGUUUGAUCGGUUUCUUAACAAGGGAGACGACUGUCCCAACAUGCAAAAGGCAUUCGAGAUUUGGUGGAGAAGAGCUUUCAUAAGAGAAUGUGCGCCCGACCAGAAUAAUUCUCAGUUGCAAAUAACCGUCUGUGAUUAUCCAAGCUGAAAGGUGGUAUCUUAUCUUGACCAUUUUAUAAAAGGGAUUGGAGAUAGCUACCCAAAUUAAGUGUACAUAACAAGGAACAAUUCUUUUUGUUCAGCAUUUCUACGAUUUUGCUAUGCUAAAAUUCAGUUGGCGUUUUUGUUAUUGAGAAAUUUAACCACGUAUGGAUAAAGACCAUUUAAAGAUUUAAUGAGAAACAAUCUACUUAAAUUC